AUGGAACACAACAAUUUAAAAAGAAAAAGAGAGGAAUUUGAACAAAGUAAUAAUGAAAUUAAUUUUAACCUAUUAGCUUUCAAAGAGAUUCUAGUUUAUUUAUCAUAUGAUUGUUCUUUUAAUAGAUUACUAGAAUUAAGUUUAAUUUCUAAACAAUCAUUUACCACAAUCAAAUAUUUAAUAACUCACCAACAAAAUUUAAUCAAAUUUUAUCCAGAAAUUAAAGUUUUAAAUAAAUAUAUCAAUAAUGACAACAAUAGUAACAUUAAUAAUAAUAAACUAAUAGAUUUUAAAGAAAUGGAAGAAUUAAAAUUGAAAACAAAAAAAGGGAGUUAUAAUAACAAAGAAUUUAAUAAACUAAAAUCGAAUUUAAUUGAAAAGUGUGGUAAAAAUCUAAAGAAAGUUCAAAUUAUUGACUAUAUUAACUACGAUCCAUACUACGAAAACCCAACUGAGGAUGGCUUUUAUCAAUUUAACAAGCUUAAUUUAGAUUGGAACAGAGAUGAAGGCCCAAAUUCAUAUGAAAGCGAAUUCGAUGAAGAUGAUGACGAUGCCGAAAUCGAUAGUUUUGAAUUCUCAUUCGAAUUUUUAUCAAGAUAUCCAAACAUUAAAAAGUUAUCAAUGACUACAAUGACCUCGGAUAUGGAUUUACAUAUUUACAAACUCGCUGGUAUUUUGAAAAACUCAAGCAAAACUUUAGAAACAAUUAAUUUUCAAUUCCAUAACACUGCUCCAUCGUUCGUUAUCCAAGCUUUAGAAUCAAGAUCUCCUGUAAUAAAAUCUCUUUCAGUUAGACUCGGUACCUUCUUAUACAAGCUCUAUGGGGAAACCACCAAAGAAAACAAUAAAAUAAAAGACACUAGCAAAAUGGUUUCACAAUUGUUUAAGAAGGCAAAUAUUUCAGCAAACACAACUCUUAUGAAACUAAAACUUCGUAAAAAUGUUGAUACACACAAGUCACCAAACAAUAAAGACCCUUCCGAAUUUUUAUCAAAUUUAAUUGGUAAUACUAAACUAAAAAAACUUGGUCUAGAACUAUUCGAACUAAAUGGUGCUGACGAUUACAAAUUACUAUCACCACUUAUUCAAAUACCAAACAUCUCAUCUCUAUAUUGCAACCCAGAGUCUAUCGAAUCAUUUUUACAACAUUGCAACGAAAAUGAAAAUAUCAAAACCUUAACUAUUUUUAAGGAUUUCAACAGCAAAUUUAAAAUGGACACUCAAAAAGAAAAAACUCUUUUAAGCUGCUUUUCAAAUUUCUUCAAUCAAAAUAGAUCCUUACAUAAUUUAGUUGUAGUUCACAACGAAUUAUUUUCAAAUGACCAACUAUUACUUGAUGUAUUAAAUAGCUCAAAAAAUAAUAAUAAUUUAAUUAUUAAAUUUAAAAAAAUUAAUAAAAACUUAAUAAUGUAA